UGUUAAUAGAAGCAAAAUAAUUACUUCCGUUAUUGAACCGAAAAAGAAAAUAUUUUGUUGACAGAUCUACCGGCCUUUCUGCGUUGAAAAACAGCAAAAGGAGACAGGAGGGCCGGGAAUGAAUUAAUGGGUCUGUAGGAGGCUGAAAUAAGGCCCCAUUCCCAAUGCUGAAAAGCAGUGAAACCAGAUUAAUGGAUGGAAGACGACUGAGAAGUGGCCGAAAACAAACUCGCUAUAAACUCCAUAGAGAACGUCUUCGAAAGCCUUCACUAGUAGACAGUUACUCUACGGAUGAUGAAAGCCGCCCCAGUUCUCGUCGAUACUCGCGCACAGCUUUCCCAUUAUUUUCAAACCACUCUGAUGAUGAGGUUAUUCAAUCACACAGUAGUGGCACAGGAAGUGGGUUGAAAGUUUCCCAUUCUACGCCGUCAUGUCUACUGCUUCAAGCAGCUGCAGAUCUAGAAGAUACAAAUCAGGAUUGUUUCCCUUUUGUACAUCUGCCACUGGACUGCAAGCUGAAAAUUUUGUCCUACUUAAGCUCCUUUGAAAAAGGGCAAAGCAUGAGAGUGUGUAAGAACUGGUACCAACUUCUGCAGACUCCCAGUUUGUGGUCCAACGUUGUGAUGUGGGAUUUCCCACUGACGUGUGUCCCGUCUGCCAGAGGUAACCUCCACAGUCCCGGCGACUGCUACAGCUGCUACAAAAGGAGGGUCCAGGGCUUCGCUGGCUUCCUGAUAAAAAUCCAGCCUCUGAUAAGAAGAUUUGAGUUUAAAUUUGACAUCGGUCAAGUAAAAGAUGGAUUUCUAGCCAUGUUUAGGAGUCUUAUGUGCUAUGUUUCCUUUCGAGAGGUUAAAUACAUGCUGUUCAACUGGAAGGAUACACCAGCUAGACCGUUCUGGCUGGAAGAAUUUACGCAAUGCAAAUGUAGAGAGGAUGUUCUGUACUCGAACAGGUGCAGGACAAGGAAAUACAUUGCUUUCUUUGAAGAACUGGCUAAUUAUCUCACAAAAAUUGAAACUUUAAUACUGCCAUUUGAUUGGUCCUGCAUGAAAAACAUUGAAAAUGUCACUAGACUAAAAACUUUGAAGACCCUGGUUCUUGAGAAGAGCAGCGUCUUUCAGUCUAUUCAGCAGUCAAGGUUAGACAAGCUCUUAUCAGGAUUACCAGUGUUGCGGCAGCUGAUGCUAGAAAUCUGGACUCCAAGUGGAGUCGGAAUGAUGAAGUACGAUCUCAGUUCCGAGUCCCUGGAAUUCCUUGACGUGUCACAGAGUCGAGGAUUUUAUCUGAGGUCUCUCAACAUGCCCAGACUGAAACGGUUUCGCGUGGCGCGUCAUCCUUGGAAUGGUCCUGUAGUUUGUCCCACACGUCUGAACAUGCCGUGUCUGUACGACGUACUGAGACACGGGACUCCGAAUCUGAUGAAAUUAAACGAACACUAUCUAGAAGAUGAUUGGAAGGAUGCUUGCUAUCCGAGACUGGAGGAGGUCUUUAAAUCUGUCUGCUCAUGCCGCAGACACAAAACAGGGUGGAUGAUGUAAAUGGUUGUGUUCUUAAGAGUGUUUUGUUAGAGAUGAUCCUGCCUUAGUGGUUGUUUUUGGUACAAGUGUACUAUUUUUUUGUUUUCAUAUUAUCCAUUUAGUAUCUUAAAGAAUAUUAAAAAAAAAAAAUUGGCAUACAUAUUGUGAUUUAGAAUUUAAUAUCCAUACAUCAGCAAAGGAUAAGGUACACUUAAGGGCUCCUUUUGGCUCCUAUUUUGGGAUGUAUUGCAAUAGUUCAUAAUCAAAAAUUUGUGAUCACUGACGUUUAAAAGGGAGUAUUGAUUUUUGAUGAUCCAAAACACAAAGGUCACUGGUGGAAGGUCACAAAUUUCCAGAGGCUCAAUAUUCAUUUCUUCAUUUUAAAGGCAGUUUUUGUUUCAAAAACACAGACUGCAAGUUUAUCUACCAAAUUUUCAUAUUUAGAAUCUUGAAGAUUGUUUAUGAAAAUCUGAGAUAGCUUUUAUAUGUUCAGAUUACAGUUCUGUGUUAAGUGAAAAGCAAACUAAAGUUUGAUGAAAUUCUCCAGAAUUGAGAAAAAGGAAAAAUGUUUUAAUUAACACUCUCUGGUGAUUUUUGUAUUUUGAAUCAAAAUGACUGCUGGUUUUCAAACAAGUAUGAAUUAAGAUUUUUAAUUAUAAACUUUCACAAUUUUACUUUUGAUUUUUAAUGUCAAAUAACAAUUAUGGGCCAAAAACACACCUUAUCCUUUCAUGCACUGAUCUGAUUAGUGAUAUACUAUGCACACAUUUAACAAGUUUUUUUCGUAGGUGUCAUAUUUUCUGUAAAAUAAUCAUGAGAUGUAAUCAUAAUUCCGCACAAUUUUGAUAAAUAUUCACUCAUUUUUGGUUAAUUCAUUUCAUUAUAUUUUUGGUUACAUACAUUGUUUAUGAACUACUUAACUUGGUUAAUAACAGAACCUUUUCAAGUAGCGAAGUGCAAUUCUUUUAUUCAGGUAACGGUUAGACAUGCAGGGACAACGUGUAAUGUUUGAAUGUGUAAAUUGCAAAGUAAGGAUUACAAAAUUUUAAAAAAGAAGGUUCGUGUGCCUAGUUCAACAGAGGAUGUUUUAUACCUUUUCAUAUUUGUUUAACAAAGAAACCUCUAUGCCGAGAUAAUUUUAUUGCUUCACCUGUUACAGCAUUGCGUAAUAAGUCUAGAAUAGAUAAGCCAUACAAAAUAAACCCCGUUCCUAAUUUCCAGCACGGAAUAAAUAUACCACAGAUUUUUAAAUGUGACAAACUUGCACUAUAACAGGGGUUCUGAGCUCGGAUUUCUGGCUGAUAUUUUUUUAUUAAAAUUUAGUUUUAACAGGAAGUUUAUUUGUUAGGUAUAGACUGUUGAAAAUGGCUUAUUUUGUUAUUUUUUUAUGUCAGUGAUGUUUGUUGAUUUUGACUUUAUUAGUGAUUACUCAGUUUGUUUGAUUUAAAAUUUUUUGAUGGUGGGCGAUAUGUGUAGAUGAUUUACAACUUCCUUAGAAAUAAGUAUACUCUUAGGCAUUCCUCAACAAGUUACCUACCUGUAAUACCUGUACCACAUUUGUUGAAAUGAGAGUUUUUGCCCCCCUUAACCCCCCCCUCCUUUCCCCUAUUUGUCUUUUUCAUCUGAAAAACAUAUGUGUCACUUCUUAACACAUAAAAAUUAGUCUCAUAAAUAAUGCCUUAAACCUAAAGAUGUUUUUUUUUAAUUACUUGCAGUGAAGUUAAUUAUUGUAUUAAAAGGAAAGAGGGUUUAGUUUUCUUAAUUUCCAUGCAUUUCAAAAUGACUUCAGCUACAUUGUGACAAAGUGCUCUUUUUCUCCAAUAUCUUGAUAUGGUGCCCUGCAGUGUGCUUAUUGGGGCAAAUACAGUAUGCUAUUACAUCAUACAAGAUAAAACUUGUAUGAGACAAAAAUUAUCUAAAAUGAAUUAAAUAUUUUACCUACACAUUCAGAGUAUUAAAAGAUUAUUGGAAAUUCAUCAAUAAAAGAAGAGUUGGCGAGAAUGAGUAUUUUCCCAUUUCAAUGUAUACUGUUCACUUAACAUGCUUAAGAAAAUAUUGUAUUUUUUUUAACGCAAUGUUACAUUUUUUAUUAGUCAGUUCAUGAAUGAAGAAUCAACUGAUCUCAAAAGAAAAAUUCUAUAUUUUUCUGGCAAUGUCUCAUUCAUUUUUAACAAGACCUUCAUGUGGUUAUAGAACGUUACGAAAUAAUCAUGCUGAUAAGUACGAAAUAACCCAGGAAUUCAUCAGAUUAUGUAUACUGUUCAUUGUAUAAAAUUUAAAUCCAUAAAUCAUUUUGUAUGAUUUGUUACUUAGGAUCUUUGACUUGUUGAUUUCUGUACAUGUAUAAUUAUGUAGUUUAUACAGUGAAUCUGUUGAAGGUUUUCAGGUGAAUGUUGUAAUCUUAUGGCUAGCUGAUUAUGCCAUAGAGAGAAAAAAGAUCAUGAGAAUCAAAAGUAUUUCUGUCUCAAUACUUUUUCUAAUGAUUAUAUUGUUAAUAAAAUGUUUAAAAACUGAU